CACAAUGUUUACAUAUUUUUGUUACACUUCGCGCCAAAUUCACGAACACGUUGGUCUGCUUAGCCGCGGGAGGAAGAUACUCAGGUCUCUCAAUUUUUUUAAGUGUUUUAGCGUUUCAUUCGUUGUAUCUGACUUCGCGUGAGGCCAUAUUAGUGCUUAAAGAUGUAUGUCAAAGUACGAACAAUGGAUGGUAGCCUGACGGCUGUGGUGACCAUAUCUAAACUGACCAGCGUCCAGGACUUCAGGGUGAUGGUGGAGGAGAAGCUCAAGGUAGCGACUGACAGGCAACGGUUAUUUUAUCGUGGCAAACAGAUGGAAGAUGGAUACAACUUGUUUGACUACAACAUCAACAUUAAUGAUGUAAUCCAGCUGAUGGUUAAACCAAUCUUGACAGAAACUAAUACAAAUACUCCCAGUAAGCCUCAAAGUAUGAAAAAGGAGACCAACUCUACUACAGAUAAAGAAAAUGUACAGAAUAAUGAGAGGAAGAAGGAUAGUAUCAGUGAAAGCAAAAGUGAAUAUAAGAGUUGGAGAUCUGGUAGAUGUCAAGUUUCUCUCUGAUGGAACAUGGUGGGAAGGAAAAAUUGUGAAGAUAACAUCUGCCCCAGA